CCGCCCGGGCGCCUCCUCCUGCGGCGGCCUGGCCCGGGCCGGGGCCGGGGCCGGGCGGCAGCGGCGGGGCCAUGUCGCAGCACAGCACGCUGCUCCACCUGCUCGCCGGAGGAUGUGGUGGAACUGCUGGAGCCAUCCUGACGUGUCCCCUGGAAGUGGUGAAGACACGUCUGCAGUCAUCCCAGCUGGCACUGCGGCCUCUGUGCCUCCCAGAGAUUCAGCUGCCAGGGAUGAGUGUGAGGCUAAUGAAUCCCACCCCACCAUCUCCUGGAGUGCUCAAGUUGCUGAGGGCCAUCCUUGAGAAGGAAGGCAAACGGUCCCUGUUCCGAGGUCUGGGUCCAAACCUCGCUGGGGUUGCUCCUUCCCGGGCUAUAUAUUUUGCUGCCUAUUCUGCUACUAAGGAGAGGCUUAAUACUGUCCUGGUGCCGGAGUCUAAGGAAGUACACAUAUUAGCAGCAGCCUGUGCAGGCAUUAGCUCAGCCACACUCACCAACCCCAUCUGGCUAGUGAAAACGAGGAUGCAGCUGGAAGCCAGGGUGAAGGGGGAGACAGCCAGCAGCGCUCUCCAGUGUGCCAUGCACGUGUACCGCACAGAAGGCCUGCGUGGAUUUUACCGUGGGAUCACUGCCUCCUAUGCCGGAGUGUCAGAGACCAUCAUACACUUUGUCAUCUAUGAAGCACUGAAAAAGGAGCUGAGAAACAGCCAGCAUUCCCAUUCCCCAUCACUCACACUUCCACAAAACAACAACGAUUUCUUCGGACUAAUGAGCGCUGCCGCUGUCUCCAAAACAUGCGCUACGUGCAUUGCAUAUCCACACGAGGUCAUUCGGACGCGGUUGCGAGAGGAGGGCUCCCGGUACCGUUCCUUGGCACAGACUCUGCAGCUGGUGGUCCGUGAAGAGGGACCCUUGGCUUUGUACCGGGGGCUCCUGGCGCACCUGAUCCGCCAGAUCCCAAACGCCGCCAUCAUGAUGGCCACCUACGAACUCAUCGUUCAUUUGGCCUCUCCCACCUUGUAAGCUGUAGCACUUGGCUGAGGCUGCUGUGGAGGUACAGGGACAUCGUGCUCCCAAGACCUGGUCCUUUGCAGGGCUCUGAGAGGUGGUGCUUUUUGUCACAGAUCAGAUCUGAGUCAGGCAUUCUCAGGACGCAACGGCUAUUUUGUGCCAAGUUUUUUGCUCCAAUGUGCACAGUGUAGCCUUUUUUUUUUCCUUCUGGACACUUGAAUUAUUCUAGUGCUUCAAGAUGUCAGGGUAUUGGUUUGACAGUUCCUGUUGUAAACUCCCUUGAUGAAACAAAGGCAUAGAAUUUACUGGGAAUGAGACAAAGCAGAAAAGUUUAAGAGUGUUUUAUCCCAGCACGUUCACUUCUUUUGGACCCAGUAACAACCAUACAUGGGCACAGUUGGGCAUGAAGACAGGCUAGAGCUGAAACUUCUGAGAGAACUGCAGCAAGCAGAGAUCUUGUGCUGCAACCUUUGCCCUCAGAGGGGCUCGUCCACUCUCACCUACUGUACUGCCUUCUUGCCCCUAAGGAGGAUUUCUCAACCUUGGCUGCCAACAAAUUGCAGAAUUUUCCUCUGGGUCCCUCACAUGUUGCAGCCAUUGCCCCAAGAUGUGUCAAUCAGCUGACAGCCCCUUUUUGUCUUGCAGGGUCUGAAAAACCAGACCAAGUAGAUCCAGGGAAGAAGCACAACCUGCUCUGAAGCACUAUCCUAACAACUCAUGCUACUGCUGGGCUCAGAGCCAUGCUGUGCUAGUAUUUGUUGUAUUUCCAUCCCCUCCAUGCUCAGCAGAAAGAGGAAGAUGCCUCCUUCCCCCAGAAGUGCUGGGGCUGUUCUACAACUGGAACCCCUGGUAUAAAAAAUACUCUUAUCAUACUGAUAAAAAAAGCAGAUCAUGUGACAAGAUGGAUGAAGCUAAGGAGAUUUGGCCUGUUUCUGUUGAUACACUAAGUGUAUGAAAAGAGACUUAUUUAUUUUCCUGUGUUCAAGAAUUCAGUUUGCUGCAUGUGCUACAUUUGCCUGCGACAGGCUUGAGUGCCUUCUGUUCAUUUGUGGGUCCCUAGCUCUGAGUCCUGGGGAAGGCUACAUUGUGUUUACAGAGCAUUUUGAUUCUCAGAAAAGCUCAGGGUAGGGUCGUGAGUGAUGUGUUUUUCUUGCUUCAUCACAUAUGCUAAAAAUUGUAACCCUUCCCCGAGAUAAGGUAGUAAUU